UCAAUGUACCUUCGCGAUCAACUGACACACGAAAUGCACAAAGUAAUAAUAGGAACUUGGAGUUUUUCAUAUGAAGCGGUAACUACAGCUAGGAAUGCUCUUUUAUUAAGUCAGUCGUCGAUUCAUUCAAUAGAAAAGGGAGUUAACAGCAUUGAAGAAAAUAUGAAUUACGGUCCCUGUAUUGUUGGCAUUGGUGGACCGAGAAAUUCGCAUGGAUUUUUGGAAAUGGAUGCCGCUGUAAUGAAUGGACGACAUUUACAAUUUGGAGCUGUAACUGCACUUAAAGGAUUUUCAAAACCGAUCUCUGUGGCUAGGAGUGUUAUGGAACAUUGUACUCACAGUAUGUUGACAGCAGAGGGUGCCAGAAUAUUUGCAGAAAAAGAAGGAUUUACUUUCAAACCAGAGCUCGCCAGUGAAGCUAAUAAUGGAGAAAUGCAACACCAAAGUCAUGAUACGCUAGGACUGAUUGUUUUGGAUGGUGAUGAUAUUUCUUGUGGUGUAUCGACUAGUGGUAUGCCAAAUAAACAUCCUGGUAGAGUAGGAGAUAGUGCACUUCCUGGCAAUGGUUUGUAUGCAGAUGUUACUGGCGGUGCAGCAUGCUGUAGUGGCGAUGGAGAUUUCAUUCUAAAGUUCUGUCCAGCAUUCCAUGUGGUUCAAUUACUGAAACAGGGAAAAGAACCCAAAGAAGCAUGUAAAAUUGUCAUCAGUGAUAUGAAAAAUCGAUCCUCUGAUUAUUUUGAAAUUUCUAUAAUAGCAGUUAACAUGAAGGGUGAGUAUGGUACAGGCACUACUGUGGAAAGCUGGAAAGAUCCUCUAGAAAAAGAUAAAACAUAUAAUGGAUUUCCUUAUGUUGUUUGGACAAGUGGAAUGGAUGAACCAGUUUGCUUGUGUCAAGAAACAAGCACAUAAUUAUGAUACAAUUAAUUCAUAACAGACAACCACACUUCAAGUUACCAUUGGGUUACAGGUUUAUUCAUGGUGACUAGUUUUGCCACAUUGGUUGUGUCUAGGACCAAGGAUACAAUUGUACAUAUUAUGAAGUACUGUACUUCAACAACAGAGGGCAUAAGCUGACAUUCAAAGAUACAAAAUGUAGAAUGCAGAGGAAAACUUAUUCACUAAUAAUAAAUUAUUGUACAGUUGUUAAAAGACAAUAAAGACAUAUGAAAAAGAAGUGCUGAAUUGUCAGUGCCUACAGAAAACAGGUUGUGACUUUAAUCCACAAUCGAGUUUUCUAAUAAUCAUGACAGAAAAAUAUGACUGUUAUAGCAGUAUUAUAGUUUUAUUGCAGAAUUGUACAUUACAAUUUAGACUAUGCACUUGACUUCUCCUCAUCAUGUCCUUUAUAUUAAACUACCUUUUACUU